AUGGAUUGUGUGAAUGCGAUUCUCAAUGCCUUUUGUCAAAUGUCAGGACAACAUUUUAGUGUUGAUAAAACCAGAAUUUUGUUUUCUAAGAAUACUCUGAUGCAUAUUAAGAAGGAACUGAUCCACUUGUCUGGCUUCAAGGAAACCAGUGAUUUAGGGAAGUACUUGGGCAUACCUUUAAUAGGCAAAGAUCUCAGGGCCAAAGACUUCAACUACCUCCUAGAGAAUAUCAAAACCAAGCUCACUAAUUGGAGGGCUACGAAUCUGUCCUUUGCUGGUCGUGUCGCUUUAGCUAAGUCUGUUAUUGAAGAUAUACCUAUGUAUUCAAUGAUGUCUUGUGCUUUGCCUAAGGAAAGUCUUAAUGACAUUCAGAGAUUGCAGAGGAAUUUUGUUUGGGGUGACAUUGUUGAGGUUAAACGCGUGCAUAAUGUAAAGUGGAGUACCCUUGCGACACCUAAAAUGAUCGGGGUCUAG